UACUGUUGCAGUAUUCUGAGGUACAGUGAAGAUGUCUGGAAGAGGAAAGACUGCUGGUAAAGCUCGGGCUAAAGCAAAGACUCGUUCCUCUAGGGCAGGACUGCAGUUCCCAGUCGGUCGUGUUCACAGGCUGCUGCGGAAGGGAAAUUAUGCUCAGCGUGUCGGCGCUGGAGCCCCUGUCUAUCUGGCAGCUGUGCUCGAGUACCUGACUGCUGAAAUUCUGGAGCUGGCCGGGAACGCCGCCCGGGACAACAAGAAAACCAGAAUCAUCCCGCGUCACCUGCAGCUCGCUGUCCGCAACGACGAGGAGCUCAACAAGCUGAUGGGAGGCGUCACCAUCGCUCAGGGCGGAGUACUGCCCAACAUCCAGGCCGUGCUGCUGCCCAAGAAAACCGAGAAGCCCGUCAAGAAAUAAAUCAUCCAGAUGCAAUUUAUAAGAUUUAUAAAACCCAAAAGGCUCUUCUAAGGGCCACCCACUUUUUUUAGUGAGAGAGCGGUGAAUCUGUUUAAUCCCAACCCACUUCACGGCCGGAAAUAACCAAUUAGAUUAAUUUUAAACACUGCAUUUUUUUAAAUAGAUAAACGUAACAACUGUAAAUCCCAAUAUCACAAACCUACAGUAGGUGCCACACUGCUGAAAGACAGCUUGCCGUUUCACUUAACUUCCCGGGAAGGUCUACAAUUCUGCCCUGGCCACUUGAACAGACUUGAACAGACUUUUCUGCACAGUGUAUGUAAUGUACUGCUUAGUUUAUUUUAUUAUUAAAUAUGUUCGGUGUUUGAAAUGAAUGUUUCUUCACGCCUACCCUGAUGUAGUUGCAUGUUAUAUUUUAUAUCCCCCAGUCCCGUGUUGUCUGAG